AUUAUGAGAAGAAGAGAUAUGGCGAUCUCCUGUGAGGAUCUUAUAGGAACUUUCCGAGAGUCUUUAAAAGCGCACGGUUUUGAAAUUUAUCCAUUUAAGGUUGGCUGGUACAAUGCAGUGCUCUCUGAUGGCCAUCACCUCCCUUACCCAGCAGACACUCUGGCUGUGGUGGUCCUCAGCACUCCGGCCAUGUUUGAGCGCUCGUUCCUGCCCUUCUUACAGAGCCAGCGCUGUGAGGGCCUCAGGGACCCCAUAGAUCAGUGCAGCGCACACACCAUCUCAGCCUGUGUCUCACUGUGUUUUCCCGAUCAGUCUGUGGAUAUCAGUUAUGAUUAUGAGAUGCUGCCCAGCAGAAGACCCAAGUUCCUCGCACAGACCGCCGCACACAUAUCAGGAGCAGCGUAUUACUACCAGAAAUCAGACAUCCACAGUCCACCGUGGGCUGAUAAGAAGAUGUUUGGAGUCUGUAUACACCCCAGGCUGGGCGGCUGGUUUGCUAUACGAGCCCUGCUGGUCUUCCAGGAUGUGCGAGUGGGAGCGGAUCUCCAGCAGAAAGAUCCUCCAGACUGUGUGCGCUCACAGGAGGACCGGAUCGAGCUGCUGGAGAGGUUUAACUUCCACUGGCAGGACGGGAGCUAUAGAGACAUUGUGUCCACAGAGGAGAGGUACUCAGACCAGCAGAUAGAGUAUUUCAGCACUCCUCCAGGCCAGCGGGGGGAGCUGCUCAGACGGUGGGGCUUCCUGACGGAGACGGACACUGAUAAGCAGAGCUCCACCAGCAAACAGGGCUGAUUACACACUCUUAUAGCUGUUUUCCCAAAGAUGUGCUGGAAGACACAUAUCAAAUAAAAAGGCAGUUUGUAUUUGCAAUCUCAUAAUAGUCAAAAUUGUGAGAUAACUCGCAAUUUAUUUAUUUAUUUCAUGGCGGAAACAAACUUGCGUAUGGUUAUUUUGAAUUGCGUUCAAUGUAUUAAGAUUCUGCAAGUGUCUCACUGUAAUCGCUAUUCAACUACAGAGAAAAUGUAUUAUAAAUACUCAUUUAUUUUUGUUUUGUUUUAUUUAAUAAAACGAAGAGAAAUAGGAUUGAGUAUUGUGUCAAGGGAAAGUACACCCCCAGUGUUCUUUUUGUAAUAUUUUAAUUAUUUUAUAAAUUAUCACUAGAGGGCACUCCACGCCAGACUAUUGCCACUCAGUAUUGGACUUCAUUUCCCAUCAUCCUCUGCCCAGUUUCAUCAUCACUGACUGAUCACAGAUGUUUCUCAUUAGCUCUUUCCAUAAAAGCCUGGUUCACUCUGUUAAACUGCAAUGCUGAGCCAAUGUGUCUUGUUUUUUUGUUUGUUUCCAUUGUAACUGAACAGUUAGUCUGGUAGGAAGGGGGGGUUCACCUGCACCCGAAAGAUAUAUUUUUUUAACCUAGUUUUUUGUAAUCCUUAAGGUGUCUAGAAAAGAUGUUACCCGCGCAAAUUUUUGUCCCAUAUGUGAUUUUUUGUAUCAUCUUUUGUGUCCGUGCUCGAUUUUUGGCUGCGGAAAAUGAAAACUUUAAACCUACAUAGAAUCUGAACAAUACAUCCUACAGACACAAUCUACCCCAUUUUCUCUUCGUCUUUGCAUGAGGAAUUGAUAGAUAUGAGGAUUGUCUUGAUUAGAUGAUGUAUAGUGCAUAAAAA